AUGGAACGUGAGUCAGGGCGUAAAGCUCAACUCUCCAACAUUACAGCUGCAAAGACAGUUGCCGACGUUAUCCGUACUUGCCUUGGUCCUCGAUCUAUGCUUAAAAUGCUACUCGAUCCAAUGGGUGGUAUUUUAUUAACUAACGACGGAAAUGCUAUUCUUCGAGAAAUUGAAGUAGAUCAUCCUGCUGCAAAGAGUAUGAUUGAGUUGUCUAGAACGCAAGAUGAAGAAGUAGGGGAUGGUACCACCAGUGUUAUUAUUCUCGCUGGUGAAGUCUUAGCUGGAGCUUUACCUCAUAUUCAAAACAAUAUUCACCCUAUCGUCAUCAUCAGUGCGUUCAAAAAAGCGCUUGAGGAUGCUUUGAAGAUUAUUGAAGAAAUUUCCAAUCCUGUGGAUGUGAGCAAUACCGAAGAGAUGAUGUCUCUCAUUAAAUCUUCUAUUGGAACAAAAUUUGUCAAUACUUGGAGUGAUUUGAUGUGUAAAUUGGCUCUGGAUGCUGUUCGUUGUGUAGCUAUUGAAGAAGAAAACACUGGUAAAAUGGAAGUGGACUUGAAAAGAUAUGCCCGUGUUGAAAAGAUUCCUGGUGGUGAGAUCGAACAAUCCAAGGUUUUGGAUGGUAUUAUUUUGAAUAAGGAUGUUACUCACCCAAAGAUGCGUCGUCGUAUCGAAAAUCCUCGAGUUAUUUUAUUGGAUUGCCCUCUUGAAUACAAAAAGGGCGAAUCACAAACAAACAUUGAAAUAACGAAGGAGGCUGACUGGAAUCGUAUCCUUCAGAUCGAAGAAGAACAAGUGAAAGCUAUGUGUGAUAAGAUCAUCGAAUUGAAGCCAGACUUGGUCUUUACCGAGAAGGGCGUUUCAGAUCUUGCUCAGCAUUAUUUUGUCAAGGCUAAUAUCACAGCUAUCCGUCGUGUUCGUAAGACAGACAAUAACCGUAUUGCCCGUGCUGUAGGGGCCACGAUUGUCAACCGUGUUGAUGAUCUCCGCGAAUCAGAUGUUGGCACCAAAUGUGGUUUAUUUAACAUUGAAAAAAUCGGUGACGAGUACUUUACCUUCUUAACGCAAUGCGAAGACCCUAAGGCAUGUUCCAUUAUCUUACGUGGACCUAGUAAAGAUAUUAUCAAUGAAAUAGAGCGAAAUUUACAAGAUGCCAUGUGUGUAGCUCGUAAUGUUUUCUACAGUGCCAAGUUAGCCCCUGGAGGUGGUGCUACAGAAAUGGCUGUGUCAGUGGGCUUGGAAGAGAAGGCAAAGUUGAUUGAAGGCGUGGAACAAUGGCCUUAUCGUGCUGUGGCAGAGGCCAUGGAAGUCAUCCCUCGUACAUUAGUGCAAAACUGUGGUGGCAAUGCCAUUAAAAUAUUAACCCAAUUGAGAGCCAAGCAUGCUCAAGGGGAACAUUCAUAUGGUAUUGAUGGUGAAGCUGGUAAAGUAGUUGAUAUGAAGGACUAUGGCGUUUGGGAACCAACAGCUGUUAAAGUACAAACUGUCAAGACUGCUAUUGAGUCUGCAUGUCUGUUAUUACGAGUCGAUGAUAUUGUUUCUGGUCUCUCAAAGAAUAAGAACGCCGGUCAAAGCGGUGCGCCAGAAGUAGUAAGUUGA